AUGCAAGAGAUUAAGGACCGCAAGGAGCGCCUGGAGGAGCGCAAGGAGAGGCGGGAGGCGAUGAAGGAGCGGCGGGAAGAGCUCGGGGUGAAGGAAGACCUGGGGUCAUUCGAUAUCAAGGGGAAGGCCAGGGAAAACGCCAAGGCCAAGGCUGAGCAGCUGGUCCAGGUGGACUUCGAGGACGGCCACACACAGGCGAUGUUUGGUGACACCGUUACCGUCACCACCGUGGUAGGCAUUCCCGACAGCGACGACGAGGAGGACGCGAGAGAGACGGCGAGAUUGGAGAAGGAGCUCCUCCAGGAGAAGAAGCGGAAACGCGCGGAGAGGCUGGAGAGGGGUCGAGGAGGGGGCGGGGGGGGCGGGGCGGCGAGAGGAGGUGUUGCCGGGGAUUCCGAGGGGGCAAAGGAGGAGCGGUGGUCGUUGGCGGCGGUCUCGAAGCGGCUAGCGGCAAACAUGCCGGCGAAGCCACGAAAGGGAGCGGCGAAGAGAGCGGCGCAGGCGGCGGCUGCGGCGACGUCGGAGAAGGGAAAGAAGGGGAAAAGGGCGAAAAAGGCGGCGGCGGGCGGGGGAGGGGGGGCGGCGCUCAUGGACAAGGCGCGGGGGAGCAUGCCAAGGGCAGAGCUCAGCAAGGGGAAGAAGAGACGCUAA